AUGUCCACUGAUAGCGAACCAACAUCAUCCACGAUGCAAGAAGAAGCAAAACAUUUACAUUCCUCGAAUCCAACGCUUCGUCUGAAUGCUACUCGGUUUUUCCGAAAAUUAGUUUCAAAUGCAGAGAAUUCUUCCUCUAUUUUUGAUCGUAUUAUUGAACAGGGUGUGGUGCCAAUAUUUGUGGAAUUUCUUCAGAAUGAAAAGGAGCACGAACUACAAUUUGAAUCUGCUUGGAUUCUCACUUGUUUUGCAUCGGGCACAUCGGAACAUACACAAUUAGUGAUACAGCUUGGAGCGGUGCCAAUUUUCAUCAAAUUAUUAAUAAUGAAUCGGAAUGAUGAUAUUCAAGAACAGGCGAUUUCGGCUCUCGGAAAUAUUGCUGGUGAUGGAGCCAAACCACGGGACUUGAUAUUGCGUGAGGGUGCUUUGGCUCCUCUCUUGAAAAUUAUAGCGGAGAAUCCUCCCGGGUUAUCCAUCUUGCGAAAUGUCACUUGGGCUCUUUCGAAUAUUUGCAGGCCAAAACCAUUGACAAAUUUUGAGUUGAUUUCACCUGCAAUUCCUACAUUGGCACAUUUUCUUUACCAUAGAGAUGAGACAGUUUUGAUGAAUGCUUGUUGGGCACUCGCAUAUUUAUGUGAUGGCGCUGGGGUGGAACAGAUUGAUCAAGUGAUAAAGGCCUGUGUGGUAAGGAGAUUGGUGGAAUUGAUGUAUCAAUUUAUUGUAUCUCCCAAAAUAUUAUCUCCUGCUUUGAGAGCAAUUGGAAAUAUUGUGACUGGAAAUGAUGAUCAUGUUCAAGUAGUUCUUAAUUGUAAUCCUUUAUUUCCUUUGGGUAAAUUGAUUUUGAAUGCAACUCCCAAAAUUAGAAGGGAAGCUUGUUGGACCAUUUCAAAUAUCUUGGCAGGAAAUGAGAAACAAAUACAAGAAGUCAUUGAUGCAAAUAUAAUUCCGUCAUUAAUAAGAAAUAUUGAAACAACCCAAAAUGACAUAAAAAAAGAAUCAAUUUGGGGAAUUCUAAAUGCAAUCAUUGGUGGAAAUAACGAUCAAAUUAUGUAUAUUAUCGAGAUAGGAUCAAAUUGUGUGGGUCUCUUUUGUGACAUUAUAUUGAAUGACAAACAGAAAAUGAAACACGAUGCACUGAAAGCACUUUCAAAUAUUGUUCGAGCUUGCCGAGCCAAAGAAACAGGUGAUUGCUACGAAGAAAUGAUUAAACAGAAAGGACUGUGGCACGAAGUCAUGUAUAACCAAUUCAGAGGAGCAACAGGUCAUGUAAAAAAGUUUGUGGACAAUUUGACAAACCCCAACACCAGUCAGCUGUAUGACGCAGUUAUUUCAUUCAAAGACGAAAUGGAAGAUGGAUAG